UCCUCUAAAAAAGAUAACCUUCAUAAUCAUUAUUUUUUCCGUCGACCCUUUUGGCUAAUUCUCCUAUUUUUUGGAGCCAUGAUUGGUUGACCUGGAAGCAGCCAAAAUGCCUUGGCGUGAUGGAAAGCGAUAACGAGACUAAGAGGAGGGCGGCUCUAACCAAAGAAAGCUCCUCGCUUUCUAUUAUCCCUCUCUAUCUCUCUAUCUCUUUCUCUGGGUGAUGGAUUCAGCCAAACCUGAAUUAGCACGCGAAGUUCUUCCGCUUCUCCGAAUACACAAAGAUGGCAGCGUCGAGAGGCUUCGAGGCACCGAGGUUGUUCCGGCAGGCACUGAUCCUCAAACAGGAGUUUCAUCCAAAGAUGUGACUAUCAUCCCAGAAAUAGACCUCUCCGCUCGCCUCUUCCUCCCAAAACUCACCAACCCUAACCAGAAACUCCCUCUCCUUGUCUACUUCCACGGUGGUGGUUUCUAUCUCUCCACACCCUUCGCUCCAAACUACCAUAACUACCUCAAUUCACUGGUUUCCCAAGCAAACGUUGUUGCUGUUUCUGUCAACUACAGAAAAGCUCCUGAACACCCUAUUCCUGCUGCGUACGAAGACUCCUGGGCAGCACUACAGUGGGUUGCUUCCCACUGUAAUGGUAAUGGGCCGGAGGCUUGGUUGAACGAGCAUGCCAAUUUCGAGAGGAUCUUCCUUUCCGGAGAGAGCGCUGGCGCUAACAUCGUUCAUAACUUGGCAAUGGCCGCCGGAAGAGGAGACGCCGAGUCUGGGCUUGGGGUGAGGCUUCUGGGGGUUGCUCUGGUCCACCCCUUCUUCUGGGGGUCGACCCCUAUUGGGUCGGAGGCGGUGGAUCCGGAGAGAAAGGCUUGGGUGGACUCGGUGUGGCCGUUCGUGUGUCCGUCGAUGCCGGACAGUGACGACCCACGAUUGAACCCGGUGGCGGAGGGUGCACCAAGCUUGGUGGGGUUGGGUUGUGGUAGGGCGCUGGUUUGUGUGGCUGAGAAGGACGUGUUGAGAGAUAGGGGUUUGGUUUACUACUCGGCUUUGGCUGGGAGCGGAUGGAUGGGUGUGGCGGAGAUGUUCGAGACGGAUGGUGAGGACCAUGCCUUUCACCUUCAUGAUUUGGGGUGUGAAAAGGCCAGAGAUUUGAUCCAACGCUUGGCUGCUUUCUUGAAUAGGGACAUGCUUCCUUGGAUUUGAUAUUUUGACUUUCUGUUUAUUGAACUUAUAUUGAAUAAUUUUAACAGCUCCACUUCGAUUUGAGUUUCUUGGUAAUCCUUGUAAUGUAUUCAUCUAUUUUCAUAAUCAUCCAGUUCUCCA